AUUGGUUAAAUGUGAACCAAUAGAACUUAGCGGUAAAAAAAUUAGUAAAAUUGUGUAUUUAUGUAUAUGAAAUUAAUACUAUUUGUGAGUAUGUGAAAAUAUACAUUACAAUUAAUCUGUGAUUGAAACGAAAUUUUAACUUGAUUAUUUACUGCUGUGGAAUGCAACAUCAAGAGUGAGGAAACUUUAAAUUGCUACUUCACCCAGUGUUUUUGAAGAAUAAAAAAUGUUUAAUGUUGCUUACAAGGAGAAAGAUGCUCAUGAGGAAAGCAUAUGGUGUUGUUCCUGGUCAACAAAUGAAGACAAUGUUGACCGAAUUCUCAGUGGAGCAGUUGAUGACCUUGUAAAAUGUUGGAAAUGGAACAAUGAAAAGUUGGAGCUCAGGUAUAACUUAGAAGGCCAUCAGCUUGGAAUUGUGUCUGUGGAUAUAAAUACCAAUGGCACAGUUGCUGCCUCUAGCUCCAUGGAUAGUCAUAUAAGGAUUUGGGAUCUUGAAAAUGGCAAACAAAUCAAAUCGGUUGAUUGUGGUCCAGUGGACACAUGGACUGUAGGUUUCUCACCAGAUAGCAAGUUCAUUGCAACAGGCACUCAUUCAGGAAAAAUAAACCUUAUUGGAGUGGAAAGUGGAAAAAAAGAAAGUGUUCUGGACACAAGAGGAAAAUUCAUCAUGAGCGUUGCAUAUAGCCCCGAUGGUAAAUACAUUGCAAGCGGUGCAAUUGAUGGAAUUAUCAAUAUUUUUGAUAUUGCUACCAGUAAACUGGUUCAUACUCUGGAAGGUCAUGCUAUGCCUAUAAGGUCACUGACAUUUUCACCAGAUUCUCAGUUAUUGAUUACAGGAUCAGAUGAUAAUCACAUUAAGAUGUAUGAUGUACAGCAUGCAAACUUAGCUGGAACUUUAUCAGGCCAUGGUUCCUGGGUCCUUAGUGUUUCUUUCUCCCCUGACAAUGCACAUUUUGCAUCAAGCUCAAGUGAUAAAACUGUAAAAAUUUGGGAUGCUGGUUCAAGACAAUGUCUUCACACGUUUUAUGAACAUUCAGAUCAGGUUUGGGGUGUGAAAUACAACCAAAGUGGCACUAAAGUUGUCUCUGUGUCAGAUGAUAAGUCAAUUGUUGUGUACAAUUGCCCAACUUAAAGAAAUCGGGCAUGGAAAAUCGAUGAUCAGAAGGGCAUACAUUUCGUUUUUCAACUCCAAAUUAUAACACCAAAUCAGAAAAUUGCUGUUCAUCGCUGAAUAUUUUAUUUCCAUCAUGUAAACUUGGAUGCAAUUGCUAAAA